GAAUUGAAUCAUUGGCGAAAAUCAGUCAUGUUCGUUUGGACCGUGAAAACAUCAAACAUAUUGACAAUUUGGAGAUGCUUGGACCAGUAACUAAUCUAUAUUUACAACAGAAUGUGAUUGAACGGAUUGAGAAUUUGGAAUCUCUGAGUCACCUUCGCUUCCUUGUUUUGUCUGGGAACAGCAUUCAGAAAGUUGAAAACCUGCUCUCAAUGCAAAUGCUCAAAUUCCUAGAUAUAUCUGAUAACUUGAUAUCACAUCUUGACAUAGAUGAAUUACCACCUUCUUUGUUGGUGCUAAAUUUGUCUGUCAAUCAAUGUACAAAAGCAUGUAACUACAGGUAAGUAUAUAACAUUUUUAUUUA